AUGGACAAGGACUAUAGUCCUCAAGUCGAUGCUCUCUUACCAGAAACCGAAGCUUUGACAAAACAAGGCAAAAUAAACGAAGCUCUUGAGAAAUUACUAUCAUUAGAAAAGCAAGCUAGAAAUGCUGCUGAUCAAGCAUCUACAGGUCGUAUUCUUGUGCAAGUGAUCAAAUUGUGCUUUGAAGUUAAAGAUUGGAAACUCUUGAACGAGCAAAUUGUUUUACUUUCAAAGAAGCACGGUCAACUUAAAGCUGCUACAACUAAAAUGGUCCAAGAAGCCAUGACCUAUCUUGAUUCUACACCCAACAUGGAAACAAAGCUCGAAUUGAUCAACACACUUCGUACUGUUACUGAUGGAAAGAUUUAUGUUGAAGUUGAACGCGCACGUAUUACGCGACUUUUAUCAAAGAUUCGCGAAGAUGAAGGAAAUAUCACGGAAGCAGCAGAUAUUCUUCAAGAACUUCAAGUCGAAACCUUUGGUUCUAUGGACAAACGUGAAAAAGUUGACUUUAUUCUGGAACAAAUGAGGUUGUGCUUAGCCAAGCAUGAUUAUGUCAGAACUCAGAUUAUCUCUAAAAAGAUCAACACCAAGUUCUUCCAAGAUAAGGAAGCAGAGGCAAGUCUUGAUGACAUUGAUGAGAUGGAUCUCAAGCUAAGAUUCUAUGAAUUGAUGAUUCAGCACGCAUUACACGAGGACCAGUACUUGAACGUUCACAAAUACUAUAAACAAAUCUACGAGUCAGAAUCAAUUCAACAAGAUGAGACAAAAUGGAAGCAUGCACUCGAGAAUGCUGUCUUGUUUGUCAUUUUAGCACCCUUUGAUAACGAACAGUCUGAUUUACUGCACCGAUUAUAUCAAGACCCCAAGUUAGCACAGAUUUCUCAAUACCAAGAACUUGCUAAACUCUUUGUUACAACAGAGAUCAUGAGAUGGGUCUCUAUUGAACAAACAUAUGGCUCAUUGCUUUCUCACUCUAUAGCUUUCAAUCGAUCAACUGAAGAAGGACAAAAGAGAUGGAAGGAAUUCCAUCAUCGAGUGAUCGAGCAUAACAUUCGAGUGAUUGCAAAAUACUAUACAAGAAUUACAACCAAGCGAUUGACUCAGUUGCUUGACUUGAAUGAAAAAGAUACAGAAGAGUUUUUAUCCAAGUUGGUUGUGACAAAGACAAUUUACGCUCGCAUUGAUCGCAUUGCUGGCAUCAUCAACUUUCAGCCCAAGAGAGAUGCUAAUCAGAUACUGAAUGAUUGGUCAAGCGAUAUAAACUCAUUAUUAAACUUGAUAGAAAAGACCUGCCAUUUGAUUUCUAAAGAGGAAAUGGUACACAGCAUAGCUAAGGUUAAAUAA